AUGGGGUCCGACCACUUCCCCGAUGAAGGAUUCAUAAACAGUAGUUAUUUCCGAAACAUUGAGAUCGUAGAUAAGAACAACAAUCUCCAGACGGUUCGAGAUUACAAGAAAAUAGAAACCAACUGUAAUUACUACAACAUUAAGAUUGCGUAUACAGAUGAGUGGAAGACUCAUUUCUAUUACGGAGGGCCAGGGUUUAGGCCAGGAGCCGUUCCUUCGGGGAAGUUGGUGGACGGGCAAGAAAUUGCUGUGAAGAGAUUGGCAAAGAAGUCGAGCCAAGGUACGAGGGAGUUCCUCAACGAGGUGAAGCUAAUCUCUAGGCUUCAACACAGAAACCUCGUACGGCUUUUAGGCUGCUGCGUGGACACGAGAGAGAAGAUGCUCGUGUACGAGUAUUUGCAGAACGGAAGCCUAGACUCUCAUAUCUUCAAGGAGAUUCGAGAUUCUGAUUGGGACAGCUCGAGGGUUGUAUCUUCACCACGACUCGAGGCUCAGAAUUAUCCACAGGGAUAUGAAAUGGAGCAAAGUGCUGCUUGA